AUGCCUUUAGGCAAAAAGCCCAAGAAGCAGCACCCACCUCCGUACAAGUUCGGCGCAAAUGCCGCAACGGCUCCCCUCGCUCCGCCGCAUCUCAACGACCGCCGAUUCCGCUUCGCGUCGAUAGGCUUCAGCCUGGCGCUAUCGCUGUGGCAGCUUCCAGCGAGCAAGGACUGGUCGCAGGACUCGAGCGUCGCGUCGCUGCGCGGUGUCGUGGACCAGGGCAACUGUGCAUCCUCCUGGGCCGUCGCGUCCGCGCAGGCCGUGGAGAUGGCGUACGCGAUACAGAACCCGUCGAGCAGCAGCAUAGCUAACGUGUCGGUGCAGCAGGUUGUGGACUGUGCGGGCGUGGCGACCUCGUGCUCCGCGGGCGGGUGGCCGUCGCUUGCGCUGGACUAUAUGGCGGGCGCGACGGACGACAACGGCGGGGUGGUGGCGGACGACGAUUACCAGUACACGGCCGCGCAGGGCACGUGCGACAACAGCAAGGUGACGGGCGACGCGUCGAGCAUCGGCGUGGUGGCGUUGGAGCAAGCGGACUUCCAGGGGUGGCUGGGGCUCGUGCUCGCCGUGCAGGCGCAACCCGUCGUUGCCUUCGUGCACGCCUCGCACGACUCCUUUCUCCUCUACAAAUCGGGCGUGUACGAGGACAAGGCGUGCGCGAGCGAGAUCGUGGACCACAGCGUGCUGGUGGUGGGGUUCUCGCUCAAGCUCCCGCAGCCGUACCUCAUCAUCCGCAACUCCUGGGGCACCCACUGGGGCAUGCAGGGCUACAUGCGGCUGGCCAUUGCGGGCGGGCCGGGCAUCUGCAACAUCAACACAGUGCCGCCCGUUUACCCCAUCCUCAAGACAUCCAGCCCGUGCAGCGGAGCCAUCAACCCGUGUGGGUCAGGGACGUGCAAUGCGGGGUCAGGGGCGGCGUACACGUGCACGUGCCCCAACAACUUUGUGUCCGUGCCCGGUUUCAACAGCCUCCCCUCAUGCGUGCCCAAGAAGCAGUGCACACUGGGGCCGUUCAACCCGUGUGGCACGGGCACGUGCAUAGACGACAACGCAGGCAGCUACUUCUGCAUCUGCCCGCCGCUCUUCGUCUCCGGUGACAAAGCCAAUGGCAACCCCACCUGCGUGCCUGACCCGAGCCCAUCAGGCGCAGUGUACUUUACCCCGCCCAAGAGCGUGGCGUGCGAGCUCGUGUACGGCAUCAAUGGGCUCACCCGCGCGCAGUUCCUCUCCCUCAACCCCUCCCUGCGCAACAACAUCAAUCCGGCGGUGUGUGACGACAUUCCUGCCAACACGCAGGUGGAGGUCACCCGCCCGUCUUCAGGCGCCAUCAACUGCGCGCUCUUCUACUCCUGGGACACGCUGGACACAUGUGUGGAGGUGGGAGCACUGUUUGGCAUCACCCCUGGCACGUUGGACAACCUCAACCCGGGCGUAGACUGUGUGCUCAACCACCCGCAGCUCACCCAGCAGGUGUGUGUGCGGCAGGGCACGGCGUCAAUAACGCGGUGGUGCACGCAGUGGCACACGCUGCGAGACAAGGACUCGUGCAGGCGCAUCGUCAUCACGUAUAGGAAGAAGCUCUCCCUGCGCCUGCUCUACGAGCUCAACCCUGGGCUGCGCUGCCGCCACCUCUUCCCUCUCACCUCGCUGCUACCCGGCGCCAGCAUGAAGGCCACGGGGCAGCAGCUGUGCGUCGCAGGCACAGCGCCGCAGUCGUACACCGCUGCCACACCGGCAUCGCUCACUCCCGCAAGGAUAACCAGGGAGGAGCAGGAGGAGGAGCAAGCACCUUUGGUACGCACUUCCACACCCGCACGCUCGUGGCUUGCCGGCCGCCUCUACCACCGCAGCGCAUCGCCGCGGCGGCAGCUGGCAACGUCGUGCAGGAAGGCGUACACGGUGGUGCGGGGGGACACGUGUGCGCGCAUCAUCUCCCUCUACUUCCAGAACAGCUCGCGCAAACUGGCGGACCUGAAUAACGGCUAUGUGUGCACCAAUGACCGCCUGUAUGACGGGCUCAGGCUGUGCACGCAGAGGUAG